AUAUUUUUAAUUUGUAUAAGUCUAAGCAUGUCCACCUUAACUCCUCCAGCACUGCCACCAACCGCUGCCUCCUGCGGUCACAUCCCACCGUAGACGACGCUCCACGGCGGAGAAACAGCCAUUUGGAUACUGAACUCGGAAUUUGAACGAUUGAAAGAGGUAUUGGAGGAGUAUUCAGUCGUUAAUUAAGCAUCUGAUACGUAUUUGAAGUGUAUUGGAUGAGUAUUGGUAUCUGAUACGGAGGAGAUCGCCUGUCAGAUAACUCGGUAAAAGUUUGAUGCGUUCCUUGAUACUCCUCCGAUUCAAGCUAGGCCAUUGAUGAGCUACCUUGUGGCAGCAGCAGUAACAGUAGCAGUAGCAAUAGCAGGAUUAGAUUUGGAUUGAUGGACAACAGGAACGUCAUCGUCUGCGACAACGGCACCGGCUAUGUCAAGUGCGGUUUUUCUGGUGAGAAUUUUCCCACCUCUGUAUUUCCUUGCGUGGUGGGAAGGCCCAUGCUACGUUAUGAAGAGUCCCUCAUGGAACAGGAGCUGAAGGAUAUUGUUGUUGGAGAAGCUUGUGCGGAUUUGCGGCAUCAACUGGAUAUAUCUUAUCCAGUCCACAAUGGUAUUGUGCAAAAUUGGGAUGAUAUGUGUCAUGUGUGGGACCAUGCAUUUUUCAAUGAAUUAAAAAUAGAUCCAACAGAAUGCAAGAUUUUACUUACAGAUCCACCUCUUAAUCCUUCAAAAAACCGCGAAAAAAUGGUGGAGACCAUGUUUGAGAAAUACAACUUUGAGGGUGUCUUCAUUCAAAUCCAGGCUGUUUUAACAUUAUAUGCUCAAGGUUUAUUGACUGGACUGGUUAUUGACUCUGGUGAUGGUGUCACUCAUGUGGUUCCAGUUGUAGAUGGUUACUCAUUCCCGCAUCUUACCAAGCGAAUGAAUGUAGCUGGACGACACAUAACAUCCUAUCUUGUUGACUUACUUCUAAGGAGGGGCUAUGCAAUGAAUAGAAAAGCUGAUUUUGAGACAGUUAGGGAAAUCAAGGAGAAACUUUGUUAUAUAAGUUAUGAUUACAAGAGAGAAUAUCAAUUGGGGCUUGAGACCACCAUCCUUGUAAAAAAUUAUACUCUGCCAGAUGGAAGGGUCAUUAAAGUUGGCACGGAACGGUUCCAAGCCCCUGAGGCCCUUUUUACUCCAGAACUCAUAGAUGUUGAAGGCGAUGGAAUGGCAGACAUGGUAUUUCGCUGCAUUCAGGAAAUGGACAUUGACAACAGAAUGAUGCUCUACCAGCAUAUAGUUUUAAGUGGAGGGAGUACUAUGUAUCCUGGAUUACCUAGUCGCUUGGAGAAGGAAAUUCUGGAGCGUUAUCUUGACGUGGUUUUGAAGGGAAAUAAAGACGGGCUGAAGAAACUCCGAUUACGGAUUGAGGAUCCACCACGAAGAAAGCACAUGGUGUACUUAGGAGGUGCAGUUCUUGCCGGGAUCAUGAAGGAUGCACCAGAAUUCUGGAUUGGCAGACAAGAUUAUCUGGAGGACGGAGUUGGUUGUCUGAGCAAGUGUGGCCAGGCAUAACUAUUGUAAGGCAGUACCAACAUGGCGACACCUUCCCUGCUUUUGAGAAUGCUGCAGCAGUAUGGUAGUCAGAACACCCGAACAUCCAAAGAAAGAUUUCUGAGCUACUUACUAGAAUGUUAGUGACUCAUUUCUGUAUCAACCAUGAGCAGCUUUUGUACUCGAUGGCCAGAAUAAUAGAAAAUAAAAUGAAAUCCUUGUAUUUUAUUUUUAAGUUCGCCUCAAAUUCAAAUAUACAAACGUAAAAGUGUGUUGAUUUUUUUGUGUGAUGAUAAAUCUAUGAUUAAAUGUAUUUUUAAAAUGAA